AUGUUGCCUUUUGCUCGACGCAUUGUGCAUGCACUUUAUCGCAAUUCUACCACGUGUUUCUUAGGCCGUCGCUUUGAAUCAUCGUUCGGUCCCCUUACACAACUGUCGGAAGAUGAGACUCUGUUCAAAGAGACCGUGGCCAAGUUUGCAGCAGACGUCGUGGCGCCUAAAGUCCGGGAAAUGGACACGUCUGGAGAGAUGAAUCAUAUUAUAACACGUGGAUUGUUUGAAAAUGGACUGAUGUCAGUGGAGAUUCCGGCGGAAUUCGGGGGCACUGAGGCCUCUUUUAUGAGCCUCUGUUUGACUAUUGAAGAGUUAUCAAAGGUGGAUCCGGUCGUAGGUCUGCUCGUUGAUUUGCAGAAUACUGUAGUAAAUAAUGUGAUUAUGAUGCAUGGCUCGGAGAAGCAGAAGGAAAAGUACUUGCCAAGGUUGAGUACGGACAUGAUUGGAAGCUUUUGUCUGAGUGAGGCGGGAUCUGGGAGUGACGCCUUUGCGUUGAAAACGAAGGCGACCGUGUCAGCUGAUGGGAGCUACUACUUGAUCACAGGACAAAAGAUGUGGAUUUCAAAUGCAGAGUAUGCGGGCGUCUACUUGGUGUUUGCCAAUGUAGACCCGUCUAAGGGAUACAAGGGUAUCACGUGCUUUAUUGUGGACCGAGAGAUGGAAGGACUGGAGAUUGGGAAGCCAGAGGAGAAACUUGGUAUCCGUGCGUCGUCAACGUGUCCUGUUACGUUAAUGGACGUCAAGGUACCGCAGGAGAACAUCUUGGGGGAGGUUGGCAAAGGUUAUAAGAUUGCAAUUAGCACGUUGAAUGAAGGGCGCAUCGGCAUUGCGUCGCAGAUGCUGGGACUGGCACAGGGAGUAUACGACCAAACACUUCCGUAUUUGUUUGAGCGUCAUCAGUUUGGAUCGGCGAUUGGAGAGUUUCAGGCGAUGCAGCACCAGUACGCGGAGUCUGCAUUAGAAAUUGAAACGGUGCGUUUGUUGGUGUACAACGCUGCUCGGCUCAAGGAUGCUGGCCUUCCGUUUGUAAAGCAGGCUGCCAUGGCCAAACUACAUGCCUCAAGGGUGGCAGAGAAGACCGCAUCAAAGUGCAUUGAAAUGCUUGGCGGAAUUGGGUUCACCAAGUACCUGCUUGCGGAAAAAUUUUAUCGCGAUGCAAAGAUUGGGGCUAUUUACGAGGGCACGAGCAACAUGCAGCUCACCACGAUUGCGAAGAUAGUUGCAGAACAAUGGCAUAAGUGA